AUGGGCAUCAAAGGUAUCUACAAGGAAAUUGGCCCUGGGAAGCGGGUGUCGCUUUGCAAGCUAGCUGUUGAGCAUCUAGAACAAACUGGCCGGCCAUUUCGUCUUGCCAUUGACAUUGCUAUCUGGCAGUUUCAGACACAAGCUGCGCGAGGUGGAGCAAAUCCUGCGAUACGCACGCUGUUCUAUCGCCUAGUCCGCCUCCUGGGCCUUUCUAUACAGCCUGUAUUUGUCUUCGACGGACCGAACAAGCCGGUGUUCAAGCGUAACAAACGCUCGGGCAGAGGAGAUGGCGUCGCCACGGCAAUGGCGAAGAGGCUGAUCAAGCUCUUCGGCUUUCAAGUCCAUGACGCUCCGGGUGAAGCCGAGGCCGAAUGUGCACUCCUUCAACAGCAAGGCAUCGUAGAUGCAGUCCUCAGCGAGGAUGUCGACACCAUAAUGUUUGGCUGCACCCGAACGCUGCGAAAUUGGUCUGCUGAUGGCACCAAAGGCAGCAAGACGCCAACACACGUCUUCCUUUACGAAGCAGAAGAUCUGCGUCAAACAGUCCCUGGGCUUGACAGGGAAGGAAUGGUGCUUGUUGCUUUGAUGAGCGGAGGAGACUACAUCCCCGAAGGAGUGCCGGGCUGCGGCGUCAAAGUAGCCUGCGAAGCUGCGAAAGCUGGCUUUGGCAAAUCACUAUGCCGCCUCAAGAAGUCAGAUGCAAGUGCCCUGGCCGAGUGGAAGGCCAACUUGAUACAUGAAUUGCGGACAAAUGAGAGUGACUUCUUUCGUACUCGUCACAAGUCGCUCCAGAUUCCAGACUCGUUCCCAAAUCUAGAGACAUUGAGAUAUUAUACGCAUCCGGUAGUAUCUCAGGCUGCACAGCUGGAGAACUUGAAGCAGUCUUUUCCAUCGACGAAACCGAUCGACAUACAUGGGCUACGUGCUUUUGUGGGAGAAACAUUCGAUUGGACUUACAAAGGAGGUGCCGUCAAGCUCAUCAGGGUGCUUGCACCGAGCCUGCUUGUUUCAAACGUGCUGGAUCUUAGCAACCGGCAGGGCCGUACCUCGAGUGAUCCUGACGUGCUUUUGGAAGAAGAAGCAACCCUAAUAAAGGCGGUUUCGAAACGGAGAACUCAUUUCAGCACUGAUGCCACACCCGAACUUCGCAUUUCCUAUGUGCCAGCUGACGUUGUUGCCUUGGGCCUAAGCGAAGAAGAGGACGAGGCUGUUGCAGCAUAUGGACGCCAGGGACUUGCCCUCAACAGCGACGAUGAUUUCCAAGAAGAGAUUGAGGGUGCUGAUGGAGACGACCUACCCAAAAAUGCAUCUAGGAAAGCAUUUGAUCCUCUCCAACCAAACCUGGCCUGGCUUCCAGAAUCCAUCCUUAAACUAGGUGUGCCGGUCACAGUGCAAGACUGGGAGGAGAAGCAAAGAUCUAAAGAGGCAUCUAAGCUGAGCAAAACGCCCAAGCGGGCUCGUAAGAAGGCAAACAUGCCCGCAGGCGCCAUGGACAAGAAAGAAAACCAUCAGACUAAAGUCGAAGCCUCCAAAGUUGGUGCUUCGAACCUGCCGAGCUCACAGGCGUCGAUCAAGAACUUCGCGUCUGUGACAAAGAAGAUCUCUGCGAGCGUUAGCAAAGAGAAAGAAGGCUACAUACCGCAUCAACUCGGUCCAGAUUCAGACUCGGAUCUCGGGGAAUUGGAAGAAAUCUUUUCAAAGAAGAAUACGGGCGGUAGUUCCCUUGGUCUAAGCGAGCUGCAACCAGAGCCUGAUGGCGGUGCUUCACUCUCGGAGCCAUCCGAUAUCGUCACAACUAGCUCUACAAGGACAAGUAAGACGAAGUUGUACGUUCCCCGCAGUAGUGCUGUAGGGUACUUUAAAGAGGUUGAGGUCACUCGUGACGAAGCGGACCGUAUUAUGAGUGAACAGGCCGCAUCGACGCAGCAUCGAAAGAAGACCCAUGGCAAGGUCUUCAGGCGAAGUGAUAUCUCCGUCGUCGAUCUGACAAGGGAUGAUUAG